AUGCUGACGGCGGAGGCCAGGCCUCGCAAUGUCGGCCAACUCAUUACGCUGCUCCAAGGCGGGACCGAGGAGCUAACGAAGCAGUCCCUGCUCGUCAGCCGAUUGAGCGCCCGCAUCGAGGCAACUUCUGAACUUGUAGCAGAAAUGGUUCAGACCGUCGGGGAGCUGCACCACUUCAAAACCGUCGCCGAGCAACUCACGGACCUCAGCGACAGGUUUCAGCAGUCCGCCAUCCUUAUUGCGGCCAUCUCGGAAGAUCAAAGAAACAGGAUCAGCGUCCUAGAGGAGUCUCCCAAGUCCGAGGAGGAGCGCGUUUUGGCAGCUAGGACGAUUGGCCAGGCUGAGCAGGCGCUCGAAGCCGCCACCCUGGCGCUUGCACUUUCCCCUUGA